GCGCAGGGGAGGGCAGAGGCGGAGAGCCACGAGCCCAGGAGCAGAGGCGGGCUCCGCACCACCCUGCGCCCCGCACGCUCCCCGGCUCUCGAGACGCGCGGGCGGCCGCCUGGGCGCACAAGCCGGGUCACCUUGUCCCGGAGGGUAAGUACCGAGUUACCAGAGCUGCGCGGGAGGACCCCGGGCCGCCGGAGUGGGCGGGGGCGGCGGGCGCGGGAGGAUGCCCUGGUGCAGGCGGGUGUCCUGCUCCGCCUCGCAGCGCGCAGACCAGGCGGCGGUGGCGGUGUGCCGGCCGCGAUUUUCCUUAGCAUACAAUGGAAUUCUGCCCUGAGAGGCCAGUCUUGUGAUGAAAUAUGGGAAAUGGGUCCUAUGGGGCUUGUAUGACCUGUUAAUACAACCUUCUAGCCUGACGCCGAACAGGGAGGGAGUCUACCAUGGAUGGCAUCGUUGAGCAGAAGAGUGUUCUGGUACACAGUAAGAUCAGUGAUGCUGGCAAAAGGAAUGGCUUAAUUAACACCAGAAACUUCAUGGCUGAGAGCAGGGAUGGUCUGGUGUCUGUUUACCCAGCACCGCAGUACCCGAGCCACAGGCUAGUGGCCAGUGCGGCACCAGGCAGCCUGGAAGGAGGCAGAAGUGAGCAUGUGCAGCAGUUGCUGGACCCAAAUACACUGCAGCAGUCCGUGGAGUCCCAUUAUCGUCCCAACAUCAUCCUCUACUCAGAUGGCGUACUCCGAUCCUGGGGGGAUGGCGUAGCCACUGACUGCUGUGAGACCACCUUCAUUGAGGACCGGUCACCGACCAAAGACAGCCUGGAGUACCCCGAUGGGAAAUUCAUCGACCUCUCAGGGGAUGACAUCAAAAUCCACACCCUAUCCUAUGAUGUGGAAGAAGAGGAGGAGUUACAGGAGCUGGAGAGUGACUACUCCAGCGACACAGAGAGUGAGGACAAUUUCCUCAUGAUGCCCCCACGGGAUCACUUGGGACUCAGCGUCUUCUCCAUGCUCUGCUGCUUCUGGCCUUUGGGCAUUGCAGCCUUCUACUUGUCCCAUGAGACAAACAAAGCUGUGGCCAAAGGAGACUUCCAUCAGGCCAGCACCAGCUCCCGGAGGGCCCUGUUCCUGGCAGUGCUAUCCAUUACCAUUGGAACUGGCAUCUAUGUGGGUGUGGCUGUGGCCCUCAUUGCCUACCUCUCCAAAAACAACCACCUGUGAGCUUCCUGAAGGCUGGCAUGAAGGAGGGGGAGCUGAGCCAGGUGUGUGAGGGCAGAGAAGAGACACCUGUGUGUUACUGUACAGUACAAGUGAUUGCCAAAUGACUCCAUGAUGCCCUGGAAUCUUCUACUCCUGGACUUCUUUUGUUUUUAUCCUUCAACUUCAUCUUCAGCACUGUGCAGAGCACCAGGCAGCCAGCAAUGCUGAUUCUUCCAUGCGGAAGUUCCAAAGAUUCCAUCCCAGUGGCUGACCCUGGAUGAAUUCUAUUGGAUGGAUGACAAUCCAGCUCUGCAGCCUGCCAGUGCCUGGACCAAUACCCCAUUAGCAAUAUACAAACUGUUAAAAUAUGUUUAUUUUUUAUGGAAUAUGGUGCAAUAGGCAGAAUGCAGGAGACAUGUCACCACUAGCUUGUGGCCUGCUUAAAUCCUCUGUGUGUACCCCAUCUUUGUGGCUUCCUUGUCAGAAACAAGUGGGGCUGAGAAGGAAAAAAAAAAAACACCUGCUGGGAGAUCUUCUGUCUCUGUCCACAGAUGGAUCUUGCCUGAGAAUGCAAAAUUAGAGGAGCAUAAUGCCUACCCUGGCCCUUCUCAGUCCCAGCACGCUGCCCCAGCUUGGAGCAUCAGGCUUCUUGCAGAUACCCAGCAAUACAUAGUUCUGGGGCCUCCCUCACUAAUCUUAAAGGAGAGGAAGCCACAGUUCCUCUUAAUAACGAACCCAGUGUUUUCCCCAGGAGCCUGAGGGAAAGGAGCUGUGAAGACACACUGGGUGUUUAACUCCUGGAUGCUCGUCCUGGCCAUGAGCACCACUGAUGCUGGAGAUCCAGGAAAUGAGAUGGGCCUUAUUCUGUCCACUAAAUGAAUGGCUAUUUUCUUGUCAUUUUUCAAGUGCAACUCUUGCUUCAUGCUGCUUCAGUUGCCAGAUGAAUGCUGAGAAAUAAGUAAUCACAGAUGUUUUAAUACCAUGUCAUUGCUGUUUUACGAGUGUUCAUUAUUUAACAAAAAUUAUCUUUUAGCUUGUU